AUAAUUUUAUUAUUGAUUAUUAAUUUUUGAUUAUUAAAGUUUAAUAUUUAAAAAUAAGAUAGAAAUAAAAAAAUUUUUAUCUUUUAUAUUGUACAUAUAUGUAAUAAUUAUAAAAUAGAAUAUAACAAGUAGAAACAAAAAAUGCGGGAAUUUUAAAUUAUAUUUUCUUAUUAAACAAAUAAUUUUCAUAACACAUUGAAAAAAAAAUAAAAACAAAUUUAUUAUCAAAAAAAAUUUGAAAAAUAAAUUUUACUGAUUUUUUAUAUAUCUAUAUUAUUACUUCUAUAUUUACUAAUAUUAUAUUUCUAUGUAUUCAGUAUUUUUUUCUGACUAAAGAUUACAUAAAUAAAUUUUUUUAAUCUACUUAUAUAUUUUUUUGUUAUUAUGUAUGAAUAAUGAAAUCAAAUUUAUAUUUUCUGUUCUAUAUAUAAAUUAUUCUAACUGAUAUAUAAAUUAUUUGAGAUAUUACCACAAAAUGAUAUAAAAAUUUAAUAUAUAAUAGAAAUUUUCUGUUCCUUUUAUGCAAGUGCUCUUGAGUACUUUUCUGUUAUCGCACCACGCAUGCGUCCAUACCCCUUCCAUUCUGAUUAAAACUUAGAGAUGCGCACGCAUUACACCGCGUAAUAGUUGAAAUACGAAAGAGAAGACAGUCGUGGUCCGAAGUUGAUCAUGUAGAUAUUCCAAAAACGUCCGAUCGCAAGGUGAAUUCACGUACAAAGUGAACGAAAAGAAAUCGGUGUCGAUUGAAAACGAGAAUGUGGUCUGCAAUGAAACAUCUUUGAAUUGCGUAAACCAGUGGCUACAUUCUUUAGUCGCGAGUUCUUUUACCGAUAAUCCAAAGUUCUUUUUUUAAAGAAAAGUGAACUCAGACAUCGAUGAAACGUUCAAAAUUCUUAAGAAAUUAUUUUUUUGUAAACAUUAGGGCAUCGUGAUGAAAGUUGGAACUUAUUGUACGAUUAAUAGUUCCGUUUCGGCGAUCGUGGAAUAAUCGGUUUGAACUCGACGAAAUCGAGACACUGAAAGAAUCGAGCAUGAUCGGGCCAUCUUCUGGCAUCGGUGAUGUCCCAGAACACGAGUUAUCAGAUAAUCAAUCCCGUGGCGGAAAGAAGCGCAUUUUCGAGGAUCUGGACAUCGAAAACUUUUGCGAAGAGGUUCAAAAUGGUCAUAAACGAUAUCAAUACCAAGAAAUUGAGGCUCCAAUGGAAAUGGUUGCCUCCAAUCAAGUGAUAAACGACACUGCAUCCCUAUUCUCACCGUUAUCAGCUCAAGAAGCCGUGGAUGAAUGUUCAGUUGGUCGAUUGGAAGUCCUUCUCGUGGAUGGCACUAAUUGUACCUGGACAACCGUAUCAGAAUUGGAAUCGCAGCAAAGUAUCGCUGAUAUUACGGCUUCACCAUCUACAUCUACUUCGUCAUCGGAAAAUAGACAAGAACAGGUGAUACAGGAGGUUCAAAUCGAGGAAACGAGUUAUCCCAUUGAUUGUGAUUAUUGGGAACCAGUUGUCACAGUCCAAUCAUCCAAUAUGCAACAAAAUAAGCCCAUGAUGCCUUCUGGUAGUAAUCAGCAGCAACAGUUUGAUGAUCAAGAGACUGGAAAUCUUUCCUGGUUACUGGAUUUUAAGUUGGAUCCUUUCAUCGAAGCCGCAGACGAGAAAUCUACUGUAUCUUUAUCUAAAGACAUUCACAAUGGAAACAAAGCAAGAAUGAAUGGACGUUCUUAUGGAUCUGCCUACAUUAACGAUGCUAAAAAGAGUUACAACGAGAAUGGAUCGUUGCAUCAGGAAUCAAAUCAUAAUUAUUCUAGCCUCGACAAUAGAAAUUUCGCGUCUUCCCGGUGUAAUGGCCCAAAGAAACCGCCUUUCACAUAUACAGAGCUGAUUGAACACGCUUUGCGAGAAAGGGGAGAGCUUACGGUAUCAGCUAUUUACCAGUGGAUCUCAGAACAUUUUCCGUACUACAAAAGUAAUGACGAUCGUUGGAAAAACUCUGUUCGACACAAUCUGUCCAUAAAUCCACACUUCAGAAAAGGAUCAAAAGCACCACAUGGAGCUGGACACUUAUGGGCUAUUGCAAAUCGUUCUGGAGAUUCCAGACCCAGACAAACCAUUAAUAAUUCUAUCAUUAAUUCUUCUACGAAACAAAUAAGCAAGAACAAUAUAGAAAUUGAAAAUCUGAGGAAAAAUGUCAGUCAAAUGAAUCCAAUAGAUGAAGUAGAAGCAGCAACUGCCAGCAUUACACAACAGUCUAAUGAAGAAGAGACUGAGAAUAUAGUAAAUUCUGUAACAUUAGAGCAUUGUGCUGAAGAAAUUCUUAGUGGUAUUAAAAAAGAAGUAGAAGUACAAUAUCUUGUUCCCAUGAUGGUGUCCAAUAACGAAUCGACCCAUCCCAAUCAACAAACGCAAGAGCUUCAUUAUCCUGUGAAAGAGAGUGAUUUUCUCAAUCCAGUAUCAAAAGAAGUAGUCGCAGAAGAAUGCGGACUAAUAAGUGAAGGAUAUCUAGUUACAGACUUAAAUCCUACUGCUUUGGGUCUAAAUAUGAUUGAGCCAGAAAUUAUCACACCUGAAAAUCUUUUUGGGGAGGAAUUAAGUUUUCAGUUUUAUGAAUUAUCAUCUCCAUCACAAAUUCAGUCUGCCUGACAUAUAGAGAAAAAUAAACUGCGAUUUAUUGUUAUUGACGAACUGCAUGUGCAAAAUAUUCAGGAUUGCAAUCAAGUGGAAAACGAAGAAGACAUUUACAGUGUUAUUGAUAAAAAAGAAUUUCAAGAAGAAUUUCAAGAGUCAAUGGUCAAAAGCUGACUUUUCUAAUAAUGUUAUGACGAGAUUUAUAUAGAAACCAAAAUAAAAAGAUUAUUAAACUUUU